CUGUCUUGUGCCUAUGUCAAAAUCUAAAAACCGCAACCUCCGACACGUGUGGUCAUUGGUUGUCAUAAACAAAUUGUACGUGGCACGUGAGCGGAAAUAUGCUAUCUAUCUAUUACCUUGCUAUUACCUCACCAAUCGACUGCGACCAAGUGCAUUGGUUUCGUGCUUUCCCCACACAGAUACCCUCUCAAAAAUUUUGCAUGUCUCCCGCGAGUAUCGCAGCUAGCAGUACGCUCAAAGCGGAUAUUACAGCCUUGCAAAAUGGUGAUAGGACCCAGGGUGAUACUCAGGGGAACCUGGCAAGGGGCCGCAAAAGCCAAAUGAAAGGUAUGUGGAUAUGAAACUUCUGUCCUCGUCAGACCUCACCCAUUAUCUUCUCAUUUUGGGUAAUCAUUACGAAUUGAUUUCUCAGAUGAAUCAGUUGUCAUGCCUAAUCAGCUGCACAGGCAGGAUAAAAGUAGGGGCCCAUGGGAAGCAUGCGGCCGCCACAGCAUCACUAGCACAUUUGAUUCCGAGGACGAGGAAUGUUACGAGGACACGAUUGAUUUCAUACGUCGUUCUAAACAAAGAUGUCCAUCUGUCGAUGGACCUCGACCCUAUUUAACAGUAUUCGGAGAUGACCCUCAUGGCUCUAAUGAUCGAUCCAGCCCACGGGUCCACUUUCGUUCUCGUGUACGCAUAACUGCUGGCAUGCGUCGCAGACGGCUUUCUGAUGGACUGCCGUCGGGUGCUUCGUCGAUAUCAGGCUCACCUUGCUCAUCUAUUUCUGCACCAUUGCGCUCUGCGAACGCUGCAAGCUCAAAAGGAUGGGGUCCACUAGGUCAGCGAGUAAGCAUCCUUGCGUCUCAAAACUAUGUUUCAGAGCCAUCAUCGCCUACUGGUUGGCGGAGAACACGACACAGCAGUAAUCCAUCAGAACCAUAUCACAGUCCUGUGAACGAACACACGCCACUCUUACGACCCCCUUGCAGGUACUCGUACGCAAGGGGAUAUGACGAAGAUCGUAUGGUGGACGAGGACGUGGAGAGGGAGCGAGGACGUGUGAUAGAUGACACUUUCGGCAAGUGGCCCGGGAGACUGCUAAACCGCCACUGGUGGUGGUGGCAAUUUGAAUCACUUGUUUGCUGCCUCUGCAUAGACUGCUCUGAUGACGAAUAACAUCAAAACACCGCGCGAAAUCUCUUGAUCUCAAACGCAUGUAGGAGAUACCACUCAGGCGUGGUGACGUCGUUGGUGACCCUUUGCUUUCGCGCCAUC